AUGGGGAUCAAACUCAAACUCCUUUUCACUUGUCUUUGGCUAGGGCUUGCUACAAGCCAGGAAUACUCACCAACGCCAACAAUCUGUACCAUUGAGGCUAAUCCAUCGUAUACCAAGGCGACAAAGCUUCCCGACCCUUUUCUUCUCUCGAAUGGAAGUCGGCUCACAACCAAGGAACAAUGGGCAUGCAAAAGAUCAGAGAUAAGGGAACAACUUCAAAAGUACGAGCUGGGUGUUAAGCCUUCCAAGCCUACAGUCUCAGCAACGUUUUCCAGCAGCAAAAUCACAAUCACCUCUUCGCAAGGCGACAAAUCAGCAGUAUUUACUGUGGCCGUCAAGGUACCAAGCGGAACGGGUCCAUUCCCUGCUCUCAUUGCCUAUGAAGGGGCGUCGAUCCCAGUUCCAUCCGGAGUGGCUGUCUUGACCUUUCCCAACCACGAUGUUGCUGCCGAUGACCCUCGUGGCAAGGGUAAAUUUUAUGAUCUCUAUGGCACCAGUCACCCGGUUGGGGCGCUCAUGGCCUGGGCAUGGGGAGUAAGCCGCUUGAUUGAUGCCUUGGAGCAGCUAGGAUCUGCUGCAAUGCGUAUCGACACCAGUCGACUGGCAGUAACAGGGUGCUCACGAAAUGGCAAAGGCGCGCUGAUUGCCGCUGCCUUUGAUGAUCGCAUCGCACUGGCAAUUCCUCAGGAGGGCGGGUCCGGAGGGCCGGGAUGCUGGCGUAUUGUCGCAGACAUUAAGAAGAAUGGUACCAAGACGGAAGACGCAACGCAAAUCAUUCAGGGCGACUCGUGGUUUGCUACUGCGUUUUCUCAAUAUGCUCCAGAUACUUCCCAAUUACCUUACGAUCACCACAUGUUGAUGGCCCUAGUAGCGCCUCGAGGGCUUUUGGUUAUAGAGAACUCUGGAAUCGACUAUUUGGGCCCAGCCAGCACGUAUGGGUGCUCUGUAGCAGCGCGCAUGGUCUAUGAUUCGCUUGGGGUUGCGAACAACAUGGGAAUCUCGCAAGCAUCACAUGGGUCUAGCCAUUGUUCAAUGCCGGCAUCACAAAACCCAGAAGUCGCCGCAUUCUUCAACAAGUUCCUUCUCGGGGUCGAAAGCGAUACGAAUGUGGUAAAGACUGACGGCAAAUUCACCUGGUGGGCCCCCAAGUGGAUUGCUUGGUCAUUGAAUGAAUUAAUAUAG